UGUCGGGCUUUAGGACACAGAGGAGUCCUGUCCCAGGCGCACUGUACACGUCACGACAUCCAAUCUCAGUCAGAUGUGGACAGUGACGUCCCCAGCGUCGGACCGGGUCAAGUAGACCCGGGUUCCACAACACUUGUUGUGGAGGUCGGUGGCGGCAGAAUAAUGAGCGGGAAGAGCCUUUUACUGAAGGUGAUCCUGCUCGGAGACGGAGGGGUGGGCAAGUCCUCCUUGAUGAACCGCUACGUCACAGACCGCUUUGACUCCCAGUCGUUUCACACCAUCGGUGUGGAGUUCCUCAACAGGGACCUGGAGGUGGACGGGCGCCUGGUGACGCUGCAGAUCUGGGACACCGCGGGCCAGGAGCGCUUCAAGUCGCUGCGCACGCCCUUCUACAGAGGUGCCGACUGCUGCCUGCUCACCUUCGCAGUGAAUGACCUGCAGAGCUUCCAGAACCUCUGUGGCUGGAAGAAGGAGUUCAUGUAUUACUCUGACGUCAAGGACCCGGAGAGGUUUCCUUUUGUGGUUCUGGGCAACAAAGUUGACAUGGACGAGAGGGAAGUCGGGGAGGAAGAAGCAAGAGCCUGGUGCGAGGAGAAUGGCUGCUGUCCCUACUUUGAGACCAGCGCCAAGGAUGACACCAACGUCACAGCUGCAUUUGAGGCGGCAGUGAGGGAGGUCCUCACCGCAGAGGACCACGUGGACCACUCGCUACUUAGCGGUACUAUUGAUCUCCACGGCAACCGCAAAGCAUCUCGUGCGUCAUGCUGCUAAGUGGUCGGGUAUGAAAGUUUGUUUUAGCUGAGACCAAAUCAAACCCGUGGAUCCGUCCACUUGUGGUUCUUAGGUGCACGUGACCAACACGUGGCAGAGAUGGUACUUUUCAGAAGCUUCACAUUAUUUCUUAACUACGGUACAAGCUCGGCUGUUGACACUGGUGAGGCGUUUACUUCACGGUUCUCAUUGUUGGAUGAAUCCCAGCUUGGACCUUCAUAUUUACGCUUCCCAUGACAUUUCAUCAGGGUGUGCUCUAGGUUGGCUCCGAUAUCUCUUGAACUUCAGACACUUGAGCUCUGAAGGUUGCACAAGUUGCCGGCCUUCAGCUGUUUGGAGUUUAUACGACCCGACAUCCUCCCCCCCCCCGAGAUAACAACUCUCUUAAAGAAGCACAGGAAAAAGCAGUCCGGGAUGGGCGUGACCGCGUCAGUGCUGCUGCAUCACUGGAGGCGUCACCAAAGGUUUUGUCCUCACCUGAACCCUGUCGUGAAGCAGAGUUUGAUCUGCUGUGGCUCCGUCCUGUCUGAUAUUUAAAUGAGCUUCCAGUGUGGCACUGAUUGCACUGUUUUCUCGACGCCUCAUAAUUAGAACCGUUACCAAUAAUUGUGGUAAUUAAGGCGUGUUUACAGUUUCCCCGUCUGCUUUGUUGAUUGCGAGGAAAGGUUUAACAUUCGGGUCCAGUUGCGUGCUGUUUAACCUUGAAGAGGCUUGCGAGCGUCGCUGCGCGGUGCAGGUCUGGACUGAAUGUGAGAUGAGCUCACAGAUGAGGCAACUGCUACUGCGCCGCAGUAUUUUCACAAGUAUUACGUGACGGACUCAGUUCAGCUCACAGCCAAUUGUUUAACCGUCCAGUAUUCCUUUGUUUUCCCACUACUAUUCAUGGUGUUUUUUUUAUGGAAGCUUCAGUGUUGACUCACUUUUGCUUCAUGCUGUGUUUACUCUCUGGAGCUGCUGGUGCUCUCAGACCGAUGUCCAGGCGUUUCUCGUCGAGGCCCACAGUUGCAUCAUUGCGUUCACGUGUGUUCCAACAUGAAAACCGGUACGUUGAAGGUGAAGCAAAUCCAUCCAGGCGAGGUCACGCCGCAUUGUUCUCUGUACGAACGCAGGCUUAUAAAUAUGGAUGCCUGUUGUGUGGUUGCACUUCAGUGUUUCAGCAGUUCUGUUCCAGAUGCAGGAGCUGCUGUUGAUGCCGCGCAGCGCAUGACACAGAGAUCAAACCUAGAGCAAUGCAAGUCUCACUGGAGGACUCAACUUUGAUCCAUUAUUUAAGGCCUCCAUGUAGCCCCAGUGUGGCGUUCAGGUACGUCAGAGCCUUUUUAAAUGUUCCUUAUUAGAUGACUAGAAGGGAAUAAUUCGAAGGAUGAUUUAACUCUGCUAACUCUCUUGGCUGCAUUGUUCGUCUUAAAGCCACAUACGGGUUAAAUGUCUGUCAAAUAAACCAUGACUUAUGUUGGUUACCUGACACUAAGAGUCCUGCUGAGCUGGUACUCCACACGCAUCACUGUAACACUGUCAUGGAUGUACAUGCUGCCCUCGGGGCAAAUUACAAAGGGCAUUUCUCUCAUGUAAAAGCAACACUGUUUCAACUUGUUUGACUGUGAGCUUUGUUUUGCUGAUUCAUUGUCAAACCCCGCCCCCUUUUUUGCACUACAGACGACUGGUUGUGCCUUUUUUUGCUGGCGCAGCAGUUAUUACUGUCCAACGCUUGAAUACGAAUAAAUAUGCGACAUCCCAAACCAA